AUGACGGUGGAGAUAUCGCCCGUCAUUCAACCACCGAGUCGUGGUGUCGGCGGCCUGGGCGAUGCAUGCGAUACAAUUCUCGCCACGCUCCUAGUCGUCGGCUGCUUCAUAGCCUGCAAGAGCUCCUACGAUUGUCUGCGACGAUGGCGAGGCAAACUCAACGUGGUCGUCGUCGGUUGCGGCCCGGUCGGCCUCACCGCAGCCCUUGUGGCCGUCCGCAGCAAGCGAGCUAAGAAGAUCACCAUCUUCGAGGAGAAGACGAGAUCGCAGCUCAUGGAUCGGCCGCACCAGAUCGGCAUCGAGCCGAGGGCCGUGGGAUUCUUGAAGAAACUCGGGGUGGAUUUUGAUAAUAUGGAAGGAUGCUGGCAUCAGGAAAGAUUCUAUACAAGGAUUGGUAUAUUUCAAGAGUACAUCCUUAGUCUGCUUCAACAGAUAACCGAACCUCCUCUGGAUAUUAAACUAGGGACCAAGUUUGGAACUAACCACGUGAACAAGCUCAGCUGUCCUCGGGCCCUCACCCUCGUCAUCGUCGCCGACGGCCUACGCGGUGCCGGGGCCAACAUCCUCGGCAUCAGCGACGAGUUCAUCCAGGAGACAUGCAAGUCCUUCUGCGCCGUGUCGUCCAUGGAACGCGAGGACCAGCACAACCUCCCCACGCCCGAGAACCGCGUGUUCCGACUUAAAAUGGACCUGUCCGCGUUCGGGGCCGAGUUCCGGAUACCGGACAUCAGUCGGGCCGUGUUCUUUUUGAAGAUCUUCGGUACCUUCAGGAACCGGUACAUGAUGCUGAUGUGCAACAGGGGGGAUUCGAACCUUGUGAGGCAGCUGCGGCUUAAUGUUGAUCCGAUGCUGAUGCGCAAUAUAUUUCAAGAAUCUUACAACACGUACAAAAGCAAAGGAGAACGGAAGAUGUCGGAUACCGAGGCACUAAACUUGAAGGCGAGUACCCGAUUGACCGAGGUCAAGAUGUCAUACCGGAGAGAACCGCUGGUCUACAUCGAGGAGGAGAACAUGGUUGUGUCGAUAGAGGGCGAUGCCACUCGAAGCUUCAAUUACAGUUUAGGUUUUGAGUUAAAUGUCGGCCUCAGGGGACUCGAAUGCCUCGACAAGUUCAUCGACCAGCUCGUGCUCGCUGACGGCCUCAACGACAUCGUCAAGGCACUCAACUACAAAUCCAAAUGCACCAAGAGACUCAACGAAGACACGAUAAAACACAAACUACAUUCAGAAAUGAGCAGGCAUAAACCACAUAAUGGAGGGACUAACAACAAUAAUAACAACAGUACGGCCAAAGAUACGGGGUCAUAGCAAAGUGCAAAGUGGACUGAUCGAAAAUCUGCCAUUCCAUUUUUUUUUACGAGGAUGUCGUUUUUGUCUAAAAGAACUUAGAAAGUCAAUAUAAAUCAUGCAUUUUUUGUAAUAAACUAAUUUUUAGUUUAACGAAGUUAUACUUGAUAACAUUUGAUAUUCAUUGACGAAUGGAUUGAUUUUGCAAACGUUAAAAUGAUGAGGUUUUAAUGUUUUAGAAGGAAUACCGUGCACUUACAGAAGAAUUAUAAACAUGAUAAAGUUCUGCAUAAUGAAGAUUAGAUACGAAUAUAAACGAAAGCCUCGAGCCAAUUAUUGCUUGCUAAGUCAGACAAUAUGCUUAGAUUUUCUAGUUGACACCAAAUUAGUAUGGAAUCAUGUAUUUCAAUGCUUAUACUUGUCGAAAAACGCGAGUAGUCAGUGGCGGAUACGUGGGCUCGGUUUCAAUAACAAAUGCAAGAAUUAUUGGACAAACUUGCUCACAGCCAAUCAAAUGCAACGAUUUCAGUAGCGUAUAUAACACGUUUUAUGAAACGGGGCCCUGGCCAGGGGGAGGGGGGGGGGAUAAAUGAAUCCGGAAUCGUAGAUUUAGGUAUUAUCUUUAAAUUGGUAUAUUGGAAUCAUCAAAUAAGAGAGUGCGAUCUCAUGCAAAGAGGGGAAUAACAGUUUUUUUUUAAUUAAAAAGGGGAGCAAAUAAUACAAUAAUAUUUGAAUGCCUAGACAUGAUGUGUACGUUGCAAUGCUACAUGUAUAUGAGGUGAUUAUAAUGUACAAAAUGAUUUUAAGGCCAAAUAUCUAAGAUGUGAUAGGAAGCACGGCAGAGCAAGAAGGAGUGCAAUAUAUUGAGUGUGCUUAAAUCUCACCAUCUUUUAUUUUGCCAUAGUUUGUCACCGAAUUGUUGGUAACAAAUGGUUGGUAACUAUCUUGAUAAAUCUUUUAUACUCUUAUCUGUAGCAUCUCAUCCCUGGCGGAUGAUGAAGUUGUUUUCUACCAACAAAAAAUAUAACAUAAAAACGCAAUUUUCAUACUUAUAGAAUGCAUGAUAAAACUAUUUGUAUUUAUGAGUACCGAUGCGUGUGUUCUCAUACAAAGUACGUUAUGAUAGCUUUAGUACAUUUAUGUAAAUUUGGUACUCCCGAUAAUUGUGCCUAGUUGUGUGUGCUUUUCUUGUCUCGAAUGACGUUCAGACUAUGAUAUAAUUAAAUUGUUGAAUUAAAUGACUAAAGCUUCAGGAUUUAUUUAUUUAACAAUAAUUGUUUAAAUCAAUAGUUAAACAAUAAUUGUUUGACUAAUGACUUUUUCUCAAAUAUCUCUGAGAACAAGGGAUCGUGGAGGGAAGUUUAAAGUGAAGACAAAAAAUGUCCUUUUGUUAUUAUUAGGUUCGUAGAGAAAUUGCUCUUGCAUGGGUAUGCCUGCACAAAAUUAAUCUUUAAGUAAAUAUUUUGCAUUCGUAUGGAGACUUGAUUAUUGAUAUGAUCUACCAUGUGGAUUGUUAUUCGCACCAUCUAACUGUAGGAGGAGUGGAUGUGGGGAGGGGGUGGGGUGUAGUUGUGAAGUCGCCCAGUAAAGAUCGAGUGACUAUUAAGCAGAGAGGAAUAUUCGCAGGUGAUAUGUGACACUUUAGACAUCCCUUUAAAAUAAUCAUCUUAUCAAACAAUCUAAUUUGAUGCAACAAAAUUACGAAUAAAUAAAUCAACUUUUUAUUAUGAUGACGGUUGGUGAAUUACUUAAUCAAAGUUGUUUUAAAUCAUGUUUGUCUGUUAUAGAUUGGAAGAAUGGUAACUGGUAUAUGUUUGAUGUUUUAGUUGAGGUGUAAGUUAUUGAUAUUUAUUUGUUAAUUUAUGAAAUAAAUAUUUCUAUGAUAACACUUCAA